UGUUCACCAUUCUCAAUUCAGUGUCAGAUACAGGAAGGUCGCGGUUGUGAGAGUAACGUGUAAACUAGCGAAAUAAUUAUGCUGGGCCAAACUGUGCGACGUUUCACAACCUCUGCGGUUCGCGCUGCACAUUAUGGAGAGGGACCAGGACAGAAUCUCCCAUUCUCGGUGGAGAACAAGUGGCGCCUUUUGGGUAUGAUGGUGGCGUUCUUCGGGAGUGGCUUUGCCUUCCCCUUCAUCGUCGUCAGACACCAGCUCCUCAAGAAGUGAUGUGGCAGUGUGUGCACAGUAACCACAAAGAACUGCUGGCUCAACAUGUAUCCAGCAGAGCCCCCUUCGUUUCGAAGAAUGGGAAUCCCUAAUUUUCUUUGUAAAUAAACUUAACUCAAAUUUA